CUUUUCCCCCAUUCAUUUCCCAUCCAUUUCUCUUUUUUUCGUCUCCAUUUCUCCGAUCGGCACAACACAAAGUUGUUUUUGAACUGAAAAAUGGGGCAGAUCCAGUAUUCUGAGAAGUAUUUUGAUGAUACCUAUGAGUACAGGCAUGUUGUUCUUCCUCCUGAUGUAGCGAAAUUGCUUCCUAAGAAUCGUCUUCUAUCUGAGAAUGAGUGGCGGGCAAUUGGAGUUCAGCAGAGCAGAGGAUGGGUGCACUAUGCUAUUCAUCGACCAGAGCCCCAUAUCAUGCUCUUCAGGAGGGCACUGAACUAUCAGCAGCAACAAGAGAACCAGACUCAGCAAGUUCUGCUUGCCAAGUGAAGAAACAUGUCUCUCGUUUCUUUUUCCUAAUGAAUCAGAUCAUAUACAGAUAGUAAUGUUCAUUUCAUCUAGAAAUGAUAUGAUAGUUUUAUGGAUGUCUAGUUAAAUGUCUGGAUUUUUAAGGAUGUUAAGUACUGUAAUGCUUAGCUCUUGUGGAGUUCAGGUUUUGAAUUCCCGUAUUCUAAACAAUCAGGUUUUAUAUCCGUGUGCUUGGA